UCAAAAGGCGAGUUUUCUUUUCGUUUUUCAUCUUGCGCUGCUGCAAGUCAAAUAAGUCAGGCAUUUUCAUUCAUCGCUCGCAGUUUCUCGUUCUGAAUUUUGUCGUCGCGUUAUUCCGAACCCGAUUAUCGGAAAUAGCACAUUUUCGUAGUGUAUAAAAUGUUUGCCAGGCAUUUGCGGUCCACUAGUGCGUGAAGAUAGCGUGUAAAAGUUUGUUGGUCAAGUGCAAAAUCAAAAAGCUCAGCUGGCGUUCGAGAUUGUUUUGAGGGGAGAGAAAAAUUUGUUGUCUCCGAAAAGAGUGUCCAAUUCAGUGUCAUCUAAAAUCAGUGCAGCAGCACCAUCAAACGGAUUAUCGUGCUAAAAAUAGGUGUGCAUCCUGCCUGAGCUGCUCAUUAGCGGCAUUAAUCGAGAAGAAAGAGUCCCGAAUAAUAAUAAUUAGUGUACGAUUCGUAAGGGUAAGGUCGAAUCCGUCGGUCUGGCAUCCGUGCCUCUGGGGCAAAUGAAACAGCUGAGAUAACCAGCUCCGAAAAGAAGAAAAACGAGUGUAAAUUAUUAAGCGCACUGCAGCAUCAGCCGAAGCAGCACUGACCGCAUAUCAAGUUAACAGGGAGAAAGUGAUCUCAAGUGCUAAAGGAAUCAGGAUACUGAGACACACAGUGAGAAGCCAAACAAAAAUUAAAGAAAAUAUCGUAGUCUGUAAUUAGCCCAGUAGUGUCCAAGUGCUGUUUUUGGCAAAGCGGCCAUGGAUGAGCUAUCGGAGGCCGAGCUGCGCUACUACAACGACCUGUUCAAGAUCUGCAGUGAAUCGUCGGACGGGAGCGGGAAGAUUCCGGCCCUGAAGGCCACCUCGCUGUUCCGAUCGGCCAAUCUGUCCAACGAAGUUAUCAACAAGAUAACCUCUCUAGUUGGUAUUCCACAAACCGCGCUCCAUUUAUCGCGACAACAGUUCUACGGAUGCCUAAAGUUAAUAGCGGCCUAUCAAGCGUCGGUUCCCCUGCGAGAAGAGAUACUGACAUCCACAAUGAGCCUGCCGCUGCCCCAGUUUAGCUGGAUAGACUCCCCGACAGGACUUCCACCAUCGGUCGGCGGUUCAUCAACGGUCGGUGUUAUCAAUUCCUCCAGCAGUGCCAUGACCGAGCGUAACGGAUACAAGGAAGUUAAGAGUAGUAGAGAUCUCAUCGAACUGACGGCUGCCGGAAGCAAUAGCAGUCGUGAACGUGUAGACGCAGUCUCGACCAGUGGUGGUGAUAUGACCAAUUCGGAUCAACCCAGCACGGACUCCGAAGUGGAACCGAACGAUGAUUCUAUGCUUCGAACAGCCGAACGCCAUCAUGUGGGUGGCGGAGCAAAAAGCCACGGAGGAAGCAAAGCGGCAAGAGGAGCCGUCGGCGGAAAUAGCAGUGGCGUCGGCGGAUCUCCCGAAGCAUGGAGCACUGCUAGUGAUAGUCCUACGCCCACCAACAGUGUGGCGGAACGGCCUUGGGCGAACCAGAAUCUCUGGCAGGGUCUGGUUUGCGAGGAGCAACGGCAGCUAUUAGGAACGGAAGAGGAAUCUUCCGAUCGACACAGUAGUGAUGACGAUCAAGAAGUUGAUCUGGAGUAUUUUUAUCAAAUUUCCCAAACACAAAAAGAGUACUAUUUAAAACAGUUUCGUACAAUACAGCCCGAUGUGCACGGGCUUGUCAGUGGUCAGGUGGCCAGGGUCUUCUUCGAAAAAUCCCGCAUUCCAAUCGAAGAGCUUCGUCACAUCUGGCAAAUGUGUGAUGUUACCCGGGACGGGGCUUUGAACCUAGCGGAGUUUACUGCUGCCAUGCACCUGGUGGUUCUACGGCGGAAUAAUAUUCCAGUUCCAGCUACGCUUCCGCCUUGCUUAAUGCCUACGCUUCUGCAGCAUUCGCUAUUCUCUGGCAGUGCUGCCAGUGGUACGCUGCAAAAUCAGCACAGCGGUGGAUCAGCGGGAGGAGUCAGUACGGGGAGUGCGACGGGGACGGAUAAGGAAAGAACCGACCCAGAAGAGGCAGAUUUACUGCACCUGGAAAGUGAUGAUAACACCGAUAGUCAGAGUAGGGCCAACAUAGACACGAAAGAAUAUCAGCGUAUCAUUUCCCAUCCUGAACCUCUCAAAUUGGCCCAUCAGGCUCCAAGUAAUAACACAACUUUGGUCUCCGUUGGUGGCACGGAUAGCCCUCCGACAGUAAGUUCUACAACCGGUAGCGCAAAGAUAAUCAAUACGGCAAGUGGUAGAAAGACGCCUACGAAUUUGGCGUCGCCUCCGCACAAUCAGCCAAAGCAAAAACCCUCAAAUGAUCAUCCGGUCACGCCACCUAAUGCUUUAAGUAAUAAUAAGGAUUGGAAUUCGGCUAGUAAAGAGUGGACCAAAUUCACCGAAUCUCCUACUUCUAAUGUUUCUAGUCCAGGGCCGAAACCAGUUAACUUCGAUAUGCAGCGUACAACGCAGGCAAUAGUGUCCGAUCCUCAAAUUCUGCAUCCAGUGCCACUUCGUGUUACACCCGUUGGUGCAGAGGCAGCUGACAACAGUAAUCUAGUCUACAGUGAUGUAACCGUUGGUAGUGGCGGUAUUUUAAUCGUGCAAAGGGAUGACUCCAGUCCUAAGCAGCUGCAAGCGCAAACGACACAACAGCCAUCACUACCGGUCACACAUCCAAAUCAGCGAGAUUCGCUUACAAGUGGCGAUUUGCGAGCGAUUCAGCGACCCCAGCCGAAGAAGCCCCCUUCCAAGGGAGUGGGAGCCAUUCCUCCUCCACCUCAGCGGGAACCCAGUAUCACGUCUUCGACAACUGGUGUCGCCCCAGGAUUAGAUUCGAUGGCCACAUCCCUCGAUACGGCAACGUUGAACAGUGUCAUCAACAGUACGGCAGGCCAUCCGGCAGCGGUUAGUACCGUUACCAACAGUGCCAGUAAAAAGGAUCAGCCUCCUCCACCGCUGCCCCCGCCACGGCCAUCUCAGCAUCGGCACACUCGCAGCAGUAGUUUGGAUUUGAACAAGCUGAAGAUGAACAACGCUACCAAGCAGCAGAUCGAAGACCAAAUGCGUAUGCCACCGCCGCCAGAAGUGCCGCCUCGUGUCACGCCAACCGCCGAGCAUCCGCCACCCGGAUUUGCUGAUUUUGCCCACUUUCCAAAGGCGUCUGCGGCGACCGGAGCCAGGAAGGUUUCCGCGGAAAACAACGUUACAACCAUCCAUUUGGACGCCAGUGGCAAUAUGACGACGGGCUCAGCUGCGGUGGCCGCACAGCAGCACACAACUCCGCGGGGCAGUCUUUCCAGCUCCUGGUUCAUCGUGAGCGGCCCGAGUGCGUUCGAGGUGUACCGGAAACCUCAGCAGCAGUCACAUUCGCGGGGAUCUCAAUCGCCACCACAGCCUCCGCCACCGUUGGUCGCCUCGCGAAGUGUCGAAUCUUCCUCGCUUGACUACGAGAAGCGCAUCUCGGCACUCAGCGACAAUCUGCGGCAGGUGCGUUUUAAGAACACUGAAGUUGCCAACGGACCGGACGUGUUGAAACAUCUCAAGGAGCAGAACCUGCUGCUGUUGAGGAUAUGUAGCGACCUCAGCGAAGAGCUGUUGCAAAUCCAACAGAAGCGCGAAGAUAUACGGAUAAAGAUCGAACUGCAGGAGCAGAGUCUAGGUGCCAGUGUUGCAACCGUUGUCGGCAACGGUGGAGGCCAACAGCAGGUCACGAGUGGUAGUGCUGGGCCUUCUUCUAACAAUCUCGCAUGAGAACAGCAGCAUCGUUGAUAGUUUGUUAGUAAGUACUAAGCCGAAAGUAAAAAAAACCGAUGUGGUGUCAUUAUAUUGAUUGAUUGUACAUUGUUGUUCCCUACUUGAGAGAGACACAUUUGUUUCAAGGCUCCUUCCUUCCUUGCUAUAAUCCCUCGCUUCGUAGAAAUCAAAAUCAAACGCUCGUACCUAUCCGUACAACUCGAAAGUAAAGCAGGAAACUUUUAAUCAUUGUUAGUAAAGACAAAUAAAACAAGUAGAGAAAGAGAUGAAAGCGACAUUUUUAAAAUCAAAUCUCGCGUACCGAACGGGGCUAAAAGUCUGUCGUUCGUGCUAGAUAAUUAGAGCGAUGAUGAAAAAACAACAAAGCUGGACAGUGCAACUACUUAUUGUGCAUGAAACUAAACGGGGACUCAUAGACAAUGUGUUUUAUUCUGUGAAAAAAUUUGUUUUAUAUCUGAUUAUAUUUAAGAAACACGAAGAUAUAUAUUAAAUUUUAUGAGUAUAUGGAAGCAUGUAUAAUCUGUUUGAGAAGGAAUCUUACGAAACCUGUACGCUCGAUUCUACGCAUUUUUGUCCGAUGUCAUAUAAUUGGUUGGAACUAUUUGUACCAUGAUAAAAGAAAUACAAACAAAAAAUGCUGGUAGCAAACUGCGA